UCGUGGAUUGGCCCAGAAUUGCAUGUGAACACUCGCGCCAGCUGACCUCAUCGCGUUUGCUGCUGCAGCCGGCUUCUGUCGAGAGUAGGACAUCUCACGCACCCGCCCGUCGACGCUCCUGUCGGUGUGCACGUUGUCGACGGCGGCUUUUGCAGCGCGAACAUGCUCCCGAUGCCUGGCGCGCCGAGUUCGUCGUGGCAGUUGACCAAAGCCCGUCUGGCGGCAAAGUUCGAGGGUGCUUCGGCGCGCGUGUGCAUCGCCUUCUGGUUGUUCGGCCUGAUCAACAACAUCUUCUAUGUCAUCAUCCUAACCGCCGCGCUCGACCUCGUCGGCCCGUCCAUCCCCAAAGCCACCGUGCUGCUCAGCUGUAUCAUACCAGGCCUCGCGACCAAGAUCGUAACGCCCUACUUCAUUCAUCUCGUCCCAUACCACCUCCGCAUCAUCGUCUUCGUAGGCCUUGCAACAUGUGGCAUGCUGGCUGUCGCGCUGUCGCCCAGCACGACAGACGCUGGCAGCAUCAGUAGCAAGAUUGCUGGCAUCGUGCUGGCCAAUAUCAGUUCAGGCGCGGGGGAAGUCAACUUCCUCGCCUUGACGCACUUCUAUGGGCCCUUCAGUCUGGCAAGCUGGAGCUCGGGCACGGGAGCAGCAGGUCUGGUGGGAGCAGGAGCGUACACUUUGGCAACCACGACCCUGGGCUUCAGCGUCCACGCGACAUUGCUGUCCAGCUGCGUCUUGGGCUUUGCCAUGCUGGGAUCCUACUUCCUGCUCUUACCCCUAGGCCCGCUCAAGGUCACACACCGCAAGGAAUCUCAAUACCAGCGCGUAGCAGCCGAAGAGGAGGAUGCAGAUGUCGACACGUCACAAACGGGUCGGCUGGAUCCGCCAGGUGUCCGGCCUUCUUCGCCAGCAUAUGGUCACCGCGCGAAUUGGCUAUCGAAAGGACUUGCCGAUCUCAGGUCCAAGUUGAUUCGUGCUCAGAGCCUGGUGAUCCCGUACAUGCUGCCACUUUUCCUGGUCUAUCUAGCAGAAUACACCAUCAACCAAGGCGUGGCGCCCACACUUCUGUUUCGACUGGACGAAUCGCCAUUCAAAGAGUAUCGAGAGUUCUAUCCCACAUAUGGCACGAUCUACCAGCUCGGCGUCUUCAUCUCGCGGUCGUCAUUACCCUUCAUUCGAAUUCGGAGCUUGUACAUCCCAACAUGGCUUCAAGUUCUCAACCUCCUUGCUCUGACAGCACAAGCGUUGUGGCCUUUCAUUCCCACUGUCUGGUUCAUAUUCGCCAUCAUACUGUGGGAAGGACUUCUUGGCGGUCUGGUUUAUGUCAGCACCUUCGCUGCCGUGCGUGAGGAUGUCUCGGAAGACGAGCGGGAGUUCUCCUUGGGCGCCGUAUCAGUGUCAGAUAGCGCGGGCAUCUUCUGCGCGGGCAUACUCGGAGCCGGUAUGGAGACAGCACUCUGUCAAUGGCAAGUCAGUCAUGGCAGAGACUGGUGUAGGCAACGCUGAAGCUCGACCAUUAUGACGUCCACGUUAUCGGACUGCCAUGUGUCACCAUCGCUACUUGCACGGGGCGUGCUUGAUGCGGAGCCCUGUCGACAUUGCUGCACGACGAACAAUGCCACCCGACCAGAAGGAUCUGCUUCCAGCGGUAUUGAUCAUCUAAGUAGAGGCACAUUUCCAAGCCUUCAAUCAGUCUCGUUCAUCGAAACGACCCUUGGCGUCAUGAACAUUCGACCAUUGCAGGGAACUUGCCACCACUGAGACCCAGAACGAU